AUGAUAAAAGCCCUCAAACAAAAGGCUGUGUUUUGGUGCAUGGCUAUUUAUUAUGGGAUUCUGGUAAUUUAUGAACUUCUGCGUGAAGGAAUCAAAACUGGCAUCAAAGCUUUCCAGGUGAAACCAUUACCUCGUCCAUCAUGUCUUGAUGACCCUACACUAGGAACACACAAUUACCUUCACCUAGAGGAUGUCACUAUCCACUAUGUUGCAAGUGGACCUGAAGAUAAGCCCCUUAUGCUGUUUGUGCAUGGCUUUCCAGAAUUUUGGUACUCAUGGAGGUAUCAGAUCAGAGAGUUUCAGAAAGAUUAUAGGGUAGUAGCAAUAGACCAGCGUGGAUAUGGUGACUCAGAUAAGCCUUCUGGGAUAGACGAGUACUCUGUGAAAAAGUUGGUGUCUGAUAUCAAGCAUGUCAUACUUGCAUUAGGUUAUGAAAACUGCAUUCUGGUUGGCCAUGACUGGGGAGGCCUGGUGGUUUGGGCAUUUGGCAGACAGUAUCCGGACAUGGUCAGCAGGCUGAUUGUCAUGAAUGUCCCACCUUCGCCAGUCUUCCAAAAACUACUUCACAAGAACAAAGAACAGUUGAAAAGAUCAUGGUACAUGUUUCUCUUCCAGCUGCCCUAUUUGCCAGAGAUAUAUUUGCGGUUUAAUAACUUUGAAGCUAUAGAUUUCCUUUUUGCUGGAUCACAUAAACGGAAGCAUGCUUUUUCAAAUGGUAUGCAAAACCCUAUGUCACAAGAAGACGCUAAUGCCUAUAAGUACAUAUUCAGCCAGCCAGGUGCUGUAACACCACCAAUCAAUUAUUAUCGAGCGGCACUGUCACGGCCCAAUGGUAACAUUGCUUAUGACAUGGAGUAUACAAUGCCUGUCCUCCUGAUCUGGGGUUAUCAUGAUAUUGCUCUGACUCCAGUUAUUCCUGACAUGGUGGAAAAAGAAAACCCUAAAAUCACAGUACGACGAAUACCAGAAGCUGGUCAUUUUGUCCAGAUGGACACUCCUAUUGUGGUUAAUAAAGUGAUGAGAGAAUGGCUGAAUGAGACAAAAACUGCCUGA